AUGCAGCCGGCGGCGCCGCUGACGCGCGCGGACAUUAUGCAGCCGGCGGCGCUACUAACGCGCGCGGACGGCAUGCAGCCGGCGGCGUUUCUGACGCGCGCGGACGACAUGCAGCCGGCGGCGUUGCUGACGCGCGCGGACGACAUGCAGCCGGUGGCGCUGCUGACGCGAACGGACGGCAUACAGCCGGCGGCGUUGCUGACGCGCGCGGACGGCAUGCAGCCGGCGGCGCUGCUGAAGCGCGCGGACGACAUGCAGUCGGUGGCGUUGCUGACGCGCGCGGACGGCAUGCAGCCGUCGGCGCUGCUGACGAGCGCGGACGGCAUGCAGCCGGCGGCGCCGACCCACCGGGACACCAGCGACGAGCCGCCCGAGGGACAAGAUGCAUUGGACAAUUGGAAUCUGAAGGCCCUCGCGAAUGCAUACGUCGCUGUGGAAUCUUGGGGCAGGUCGCCAGUGUCGGCGCUGAACGAACUAGGCGUUCGAGUCCGUUAUACACUAGUGGAGCAGAGCGGACCAGCACACUGUCCGAGCUUCACCGUUGUCGUCACUGUGGCGGACAUGCGGUCAGAGGGCAGGGGCCACAGCAAGCGGGAGGCUCGAGACGCGGCGGCGCGCGCCUGCCUCGUGGCGCUGCUGACGCGCGCGGACGGCAUGCAGCCGGCGGGCAUGCAGCCGGCGGCGCUGCUGACGCGCACGGACGACAUGCAGCCGGCGGCGUUGCUGACGCGCGCGGACGGCAAUCAGCCGGCGGCGCUCAUGACGCGCGCGGACGGCAUGCAGCCGGCGGCGCUGCUGAAGCACGCGGACGACAUGCAGCCGGCGGCGAUGCUGACGCGCGCGGACGGCAUGCAGCGGGCGGAGCUGCUGAAGCGCGCGGACGACAUGCAGCCGGCGGCGUUGCUGACGCGCGCGGACGGCAUGCAGCCGGCGGCGCUGCAGCCGGCGGCGCUGCUGACGCGCACGGACGACAUGCAGCCGGCGGCGUUGCUGACGCGCGCGGACGGCAAUCAGCCGGCGGCGCUCCUGACGCGCGCGGACGGCAUGCAGCCGGCGGCGCUGCUGAAGCACGCGGACGACAUGCAGCCGGCGGCGAUGCUGACGCGCGCGGACGGCAUGCAGCGGGCGGCGCUGCUGAAGCGCGCGGACGACAUGCAGCCGGCGGCGUUGCUGACGCGCGCGGACGGCAUGCAGCCGGCGGCGCUGCUGACGCGCGCGGACAACAUGCAGCCGGCGGCGCUGCUCACGAGCUCGGACGGCAUGCAGCCGGCGGCGCCGACCCACCAGGACACCAGCGACGAGCCGCCCGAGGGACAAGAUGCAUUGGACCAUUGGAAUCUGAAGGCCCUCGCGAAUGCCAUACGUCGCUGUGGAAUCUUGGGGCAGGUCGCCAGUGUCGGCGCUGAACGAACUGAGCGUUCGAGUCCGUUAUACACUAGUGGAGCAGAGCGGACCAGCACACUGUCCGAGCUUCACCGUUGUCGUCACUGUGGCGGACAUGCGGUCAGAGGGCAGGGGCCACAGCAAGCGGGAGGCUCGAGACGCGGCGGCGCGCGCCUGCUUCGUGGCGCUGCUGACGAGCGCGGACGGCAUGCAGCCGGCGGCGCCGACCCACCAGGACACCAGCGACGAGCCGCCCGAGGGACAAGCUGCGAAUGUAUCGACGGGCGCGGUGCUCUUCGGUGCUCCAGUGCCGGUGCCUGCUCACAAGAGCCCCAUCAACACUCUGUACGAAAACUGUCCAGAAUUAACCUUCAUCUGCACCUACGGGGACGGCUCGCCUUUGGACUCCAUGCAGGCACCACUUCAGCUGAGUCACAGUGUGAGAUUUAA